AUGGGAGAUACUCUGGAGGACUUCCUGUUUCAAGAGGUGAAGCGACGAACUGCCAACAGGGGAGGUGCGGUCAAUAAUUCGAGAACAACUUCCAGCACCUCUACUACCGCGAAGAAAAAUGUAGUUACCAACAACUCCAACACCAUUGCGAAGAACAAAAAUGCAGUCGCAGCUGCAAAUGGUGAUAUCCCUAUACCCAGUACUGGGGAAGAACAAGAGCUAAAUGCGUUUUUUGCUACAUCUACAGAAACUUCAACUUCCAGGAGGGCGAGUAACCACGGUCCUAAGUCUAAGACGAGCAAGGGGGCGACGUCAAAGAAAAGAUUUUUAUCUGCUGACUGCGAGAACAGGGAUCUGCCUCUGGCCAAGAAAGCCAAGAAGAGCAAGAAGGACCAAAAUGCC